AUGGAAACAUUGGCUCCAUACGUAGAUCCUUUGGUUUGUCUUCUGAAAGAUACCCAAUUGAACAAGGACAAAUGCAAGUCGGACGAGUUGAUUCGGCACAUAAACAGCAUAAAUGACCACGAAAUCAAAACUUUGUGUAUACAAUCGUUCGAGAUUCUCAAAGAUCUUGAGAGUAUCGAGCUCAAAAUCUAUAACUGGGAGUUUCAGACUUUGGAAUUUAAGCUUUCUCAAUCGUUGAUUCUAGAUGAAGAAGACCAAAGGAAGCGUACCUUCAAUUCCAGGCUCGCUCGAAAAGUUGCUAGGAACUGUUUGGAAUUACAUAAAGUUUUGCAGCAGUUGGGAAUAGAGAUAGAUGAGGUCAACGCAGGAGCACGGUUUAUGACCCCCAUGCAGCGGAUCAGUGACCCCGGAACAAUUUUAACCGAGUUGAUGUUGAGAGUGAUGAAAUUGAGAUCCAGCUUAAUUGACCAGGUGUCGAUUCAUUACUCGAAGGCAAAAUUGGUGAACAUAGGAAUAGAUCUCGAAAACCUUAUUUACGAAGAGGAAGACCGUAAGUUUGGCGACAUAACAGAAGAAACAGUCAUCAACUACAAACUCUUUAUCAACAAUUUGCUCCAACAGAUCAAUGACUGCAUCAGCACAGGUGACACAAUAGGAGCUAUGGAAUGUAUCUCUAUUGUUACAGAAGUGGAAAAGAUGUUUGAGACCAUGAAAUUAGACAGACUCGCACGUCAACGAGAAAAAGUUUUGUCGUUGCCUGAAUUUAGCUCGGAUGAGCUGGGAGUAAGACCGGAUUCUCCAGCAUCCUCCUCGAUCACCAUGUCUGAAACCUUAUAUGGUGAUGAUGAAAACCCAGAAAAGGCAGAUUAUAUGAAACGAGCCAAAACCGAGAGGUUUCGUAGCUUCAGUGCUGCUCACAACUCUUCACUGCAUAAGACUACUCUCACAGAGAAGCUUCCCUUACUGAUGCAUGCAUUUGAGGAAGCCAGAUCCAUUGAAGAAGACAUCAGAGGAGUUAUGGAGGCUUCUGAAAUGAAAGUCACCGACAGAAAGCUAAAGGAAUCAUCACCGCGCUCCACGGCAUUUCUACCAAGCUCUUCAUUCACGGAAGAACCUAGCACGAAAUUUUCUCUCUACCGCUCGCUCAACAAUCCAUUGCUAAACGCAUUGAUGAGCCCCUCGCAGCCCGUUUACAUUGAAGACCCAUCGCAUCGUUUUAAAACGCAAAAGCCCAAAGUUCCUGUCCAUGCAAAGCCACAGUACGGCUCCCAUUCAGCAGUUGUCACUGGCGCCGGGCAGGAAAAACUGUACCAUGACAUUAAAAAUGUCAUUGACUAG